GCGCGGUAACGUCGACUGAACUGGCUCAGCACCGGCCUCCAUUUUGCAGUAGAUUUGCAACCAGCUGGCUCCUUUCGUAGAGCAGCAUUCAGUAAACAAAGUGCAUUAUAUUCAGAUACUAUUUACAAGCUGACGGGAUACUUUCACGGACACAAACGAUGGCUGACCCAUCCGCAGAGGUUAAAGCUCCAGACAGCGCAGAGGUCCGCAGGCUGUCUGAGCUGAGAGUGAUCGACCUGAAGGCCGAGCUGAAGAAACGAAACCUGGACACCACCGGAGUGAAGAGCGUGCUGUCAGAGCGGCUGAAGAAGGCAAUCGACGAAGAGGGUGGAAAUCCUGAUGACAUAGUUGUCGCUUCGGAGUCAACCCCAAAGAAAUCUACUCCUAAACGGCCUUCCAAAGAUACAAGGCCAGAGAAUGAUGAACCAGAGGACAGCACUAUGGAGGAGGAGUCCCACUAUGGCAAUGAGGAGCCUCAGGAUGACCAGGAGAACAUGCAGGAAAUGGACAUCCUCGACAUGAACAUUCUGGACGAGACAGAGAACGACAACGGGAUACCAGCUGAGGAUGAUGAGGACGACGCUGCGAAUAUUCACACUGACGAAGACGCGCUGUUGAACGAAGAACAUGACGAGGACGCUCUGUUGGAUGAAGAACAUGACAACAAGACUUGCGAGUCAGAAGAUGAACCAAAAGCUCCAGAGAUGGACGAGUCUGAGGUAUCAGAUAAGACUGAAAAUAUGACGAGCUCAUCAAUCAAUACGGCUCAGGAUCCAGAUGCAGAUGACGUGAAAGAAGAAACAGAAAAUGACAAAGUAGCCGGGUCUUGUUUAUCUGAGCCACUUAACGAAGAUCACCACCAGAGCCACGAGACGAGCCCUGAAGAAGAGCAAGCCGCCGCCACCGCCGGAGGGGAAGACAAUGUGUCCGACACCGGCGACAAGUCCGACAAGGCCGCCGCCUCUGGAGACGUGGAGAGCGACCGGGAUGUUGUGGAGACCGACGCCAAAGAGGUUGGGGAUGCACCGAACGCCCCAGAAGAGACAUUAGACGCUGAAAACAUAAGCUCGCAGGCUGUUAGUGUAAGCGAACAGGGCGCUGUGGGUGAAACUGUUGAUUCAGAAUUGGGGUCUAAGAAGGGUGAGGAGGAUGAGAAGACAGAAGAGAAAGCUGCUGCGGAUUCAGCGUCCACAGUGAAAGAGUCCUCUUCUGUAGAGGGCGAUGAUCAGAAAAAGAGCUCUGAGGAGAAAGAUGGCAAGACUGAGUCAAAAGAUGAAAAGGCUGCUGGAAGUGCUGCAGCAAGCAGUAGCAAGAAUCUGUGGGUCAGUGGUCUCUCUUCCACUACUAGAGCAACUGAUCUGAAGACGCUCUUCAGCAAAUAUGGCAAGGUUGUUGGAGCCAAGGUGGUGACCAACGCCAAGAGCCCCGGGGCUCGCUGCUAUGGUUUUGUCACCAUGUCUUCCACAGAGGAGGCCACCAAGUGCAUCAGCCACCUUCACAGGACUGAGCUGCAUGGCAGGAUGAUCUCUGUGGAGCGGGCUAAAAAUGAGCCUGCAGGGAAAAAGCCAGCAGACAAGAAUGACCCCAAGAAGUCUGGCAAUGACCGGAGACACUCGUCUGACUCAAAAUCUGAUGGAAAGGAUGAGAAGUCUGAGGGAGAAGGGAAAGAUGGCAAAGGGCGAAAUGAGAGGACUGUAGUUAUGGACAAGUCCAAAGGAGAGCCCGUCAUCAGCGUCAAAACCAAAAGCAAAGAACGAAGCUCUAAGAGUCGGGACCGCAAGUCACCCAGUAAGGAGAAGAAAGAAAUCCUGUCGUUUGACCAGAUCAAGGAACAGAGAGAGAGGGAGAGACAGAGACAACGAGAGAGGGAGAUCAGAGAGGUGGAGAGACGCAGAUUCACCGACCGGGAACGUGGCGACCGGGACAACCGCCCGGACCGCGAGCGCGAGCGAAUCCGUCUGUUCCGAGAGAAAGAGGAGAGGAAACACUUGAUCCGGAAGAGAAACUUUCUCGAGGCUGAGAAGCAGCGCCUUGAUGCGGACCGUAUGGAGCGUCAGUUCCUGGAGCGGGAAAGGCUACGUAUAGAGUACGAGAGGCGGCGCGAGCAGGAGAGGAUCAUGAGGGAGCGCGAUGAGCUGCGACGGCAGCAGGAGCAGCUGCGUUGCGAACAGGACCGCCGCCCCGUUAAGAGGCCUUAUGACAUGGAUGGCAGGAAAGAUGACUGGCCUGAUAAGCGCAUGGCCCUUGAUGACCGUUACAGCCGUUCAGACUUCAACCGUCAGGAGCGUUAUCAGGACUUUGACCACAGAGAGGGCCGGGGCCGCUACCAAGACGACUUGAUGAUGGACAGGCGGGACAACACUCGUAGCGUUGCUGCAGACAGAGAUGGUCAGCACUUCUCAGACCGGUCAGACAGACAUGGCAGAGAGGGCCGAGACUCCUGGAGCGGAGGCUAUGACAAGCGUGUCAACUCCAGGGAAGGAGGUCGAGACUGGGACUCCAGCCGGAAGGUAGAUGGUGAGAGAACAUGGCAAGGUAGAGACGGUGCCAUCCCAGGCCAGAGCCACAUGGCACGUGGAGGAUUGGCAAGCAGCCGUGGAAGCUUCAUGAACACGGGAACGUCUCAGUCCCUGUCUGGAGCUCUGAACAGACAGAACCAGCUGAUGCAGGGCAGCGGGCUGCAGGGCGGAGCUUUUGGCCGACGCUACUGAUGUCUGUGUCUGAAGACAAUACUAGGAACGUUUCAGGAGGUCAUAUCAAGAAGGAUGUGAUGUGACCAUCUUGUUUUGUAAAUUUUUUAAAACCAGGAAUUCUUUUUUGACACAAUUCCAAUCCAUUUUUGACGGAGACGUUUAUUUUUCUGGUCGCUUCUCCCUUUUUGUUUUGUGUGAUGUAGUGAUCUCCUGCCUUGUAUUUAUCAUCCAGUCCAACCUCCACCUUGUUUGUAGAACACUACUGUCUGCUUGCCAAGAAUGUGUUGUAUAUGCAGGUCGGCCUGUGGCGGAGAGUCACGUCAGAGCUCCGUGUUGUGAUGCUUUCUAGACACCUGGGUCGAUGGACCUAACCUCACCAGUCUUCUCUCUGUAUCCCAGUUUGUGUCUGAAGCAUUGGGUGGAAGUUUUUCAUUCUCGAUAAAUGAGCCUUCGUUGCAAUUAAUUUGUUCAUAGAUUGCGGCUCCUUUUUUGACGUCAUUCUUUUUAAAACACAGAUGUUUGGUGAAGUUUUGCUGCUGAGUAACAUGUUUUUAAAGUAAACGUCACAUUCAGAUUAUCCAUGCUGGUUAGACUUCUUUUAAUACUUCAAUUUGUGCUUUUCUUUUGUGUUUCAUUAGUGUGCUUGUUGGAUAAAGGCAAUAAAUGCCCCAGGAGUGCGUCUGUGCUCACAAUCUAUUGAUUAAGAUCUGUUAUAAAAUCUAAAUCUAAAAUUUAAUGUAUGAUGUUUCAGCCUAUGUCUUCUGUAACUCAAAUGUGUUUUUUUGGGGAUUUUUUUUCAUAAAAGUGUUAUAUAAUUAGUUUAGUCCUUCUGUUUGGUUCAUUUUAAUGCCAUGUUCUGGUCAGUGUCACAAUAUCAGCUGCUGGUGUCUAAUGGAGCUCAGUUGUAAAAUUCACAGGGUGAAAUUGCCUCCAUCAAUAAAAGAUUUUUCAUCUUUUUGCAGUGGUGCUACGGAAACAAA